GCGCCUGCGCAGUGUGUUUUGUCCGCCUCUUCGCCUCAGGAAGGAAGGCUGGAAGGAGAGAGCAUGGCAGCGCUGCAGAGGAGCCUAGUGGCUGCCGCCCCUGCCGGGAGACACACGGCUUCGGUCAUCUUUCUCCACGGUUCAGGUGAUAGUGGCCCAGGAGUAAGAGACUGGAUCAAGCAAGUUUUGAAGAAGAAUUUAUCAUUUCAACAUAUAAAAGUCAUUUAUCCAACAGCUCCUGCCAGACCAUAUACACCUAUGAGAGGUUCCUUGUCCAAUGUGUGGUUUGACAGAUAUAAGAUCUCUUACGAUUGCCCAGAACAUAUUGAAACCAUUGAUUCCAUGUGUCAAGUACUUACAAGUUUGAUUGAUGAUGAAGUUAAAAAUGGCAUCAAGAAGAACAGGAUACUCCUGGGUGGAUUUUCAAUGGGUGGAGGCAUGGCUAUGCAUUUGGCUUAUAGGUAUCAUCAAGAUGUGGCUGGAGUGUUUGCUCUUUCAAGCUUCCUCAAUAAGAACUCUGUUGUUUAUCAGGCACUAAAGAAGGAAGGACAAGAAGUCCCCGAAUUAUUUCAGUGUCAUGGAACUGCUGAUGAAUUAGUUUUGUAUUCUUGGGGUGAAGAAACCAAUAAGAUGUUAACUUCUCUGGGUGUAACAACUACAUUUUUGAGUUUACCAAAUCUUUAUCAUGAAAUGAAUAAAAGUGAGCUAGAAAAACUGCAAGAAUGGAUUUUGAAGAAAUUACCAGAACAAUGCUGAAGAACUAUCAAUAAUGGAAAUACAUACCUGAAAUGCUUGGGACCAGAAGUGUUUUAGAUUUCAUAGUUUUUGGAUGUUGAAAUAACUAUAUUUGCAUAUACAUACAAAAUGAGAUAUCCUGGAGAUGAGGCCCAAGUCUAAACAAGAGAUUUCUUUAUGUUUCACAUACCCCUUAUAAACAUAAUGUGAAGGUAAUUUUAUUUAGUAUUUUAAAUAUUUUUUUUCAUGUACCAUCAGAAAGCAAAUCUCACUAUCAUAGCCAUCCAUGUGGACAAUUUCAGAUUCUGGAAUAUUUUAGAUUCUGGGUUUCCAGAGAAGGAAUGCUCAACUUGGAUCAAUUAGAAUAUUAAUAUAUUAUUAAAUUCUGUAAAAUUUUAUUAGAUUUAUUCCUUAAAUUUUCCUGAUCUUGUUUGUAUCUCUUUAUAUAGAUUAGCAUUAAAAAGAUUAUCAAACGUUAAAAAUUUCUUUCAUUGUAAUGGGAAAAAAUGUGUGUGUUAGGGCAACCUAGAAGGGCUAGAAGCCUCCAGUGGCCUAGGGGAUAAAAGCCUCAUGAUUUGAAGGUUGGGUUGCUGAUCUGAAGGCUGCCAGAUUCGAAUCCACCCGGGGAGAGCGUGGAUGAGCUCCCUCUAUCAGCUCCAGCUCCAUGCGGGGACAUGAGAGAAGCCUCCCACAAGGAUGGUAAAACAUCAAAACAUCUGGGCGUCCCCUGGGCAACAUCCUUACAGAUGGCCAAUUCUCUCAAUCCAGAAGCAACUCCGGUUGCCCUAACACGAAAAAAAAACCCUCUAUGCUCUGGUUUGUGCUUGUUUUAGAAGCUUAUUCCUGUGUAUUUAAUUUUUUGUUUUGACCGCAUCAGCCCAAACAAAAUGCUAGAUGUUGAUGUGAUUAGAUAUCCUAGAACACGUAUCACAUAUUGCUUAGAAGUACUGUACUCAGUUUUUUGUUUACAGUUUACUCAGAAUUUUCACUUUUUGUAGCAUGUGCUUAAUUAGGGAUGUAAAUAUCCUUUUUUGCAUUUCUCAGAAUCCUGUGGACUGUUCUGGUCUUUACCAGUUCUCUAUCAUUUUCAAAGAACUUUUUCUUUCCAUGUCUGAAAUUCAUGAUAAUUUUGUACAUGUGCUUUUAAAACUGUGUACAUUUCUUCUGUUGACAUGCUUGGCCUUGUGCACAUUUAUCAGAUAAAUACAUGUUGUGCACAUUUUUCACAUCACACA